AUGAAGAUACAAACGAAUGCUGUUAACAUCCUGGAGAGAACCUCAGCGUUUUUGGAGUCGGGGGUGAUUCAAAAGGUCCCCGCGUGGUACAAUGUCGUGGCAGCGAACCCGCCAAAAAAGAAGUUUGAACGAAAGCCCAUAUUUGUAAAUCCGUCAACGGGCAAAGCGCGUGUUAACCUGAAGUCCUUUUUGGACAGUAAGAGAAAUGCGCAUGAAAUAUACAAAACGAGAUACAGCAUGGCGGAUAAACAGGUCUCGCACAACGCAUUGUACAGGCCGCCGAAACUAGUUUAUCUAGAAGAUCAACUGAGACAGUUAUUUUAUGACCAACACCCGUGGGAGAGGUCCAGACCAAUGAUUCUAAUUGAGAAUAAUGUAACCCCGAAAUUUGACUGGAGCAGAAUUCAGCAGCUCGGUAAGAGACUGGACGGUGAAAGCGUUGUUCAAAGGGCGUUGUUUUUAUUGGAAGGGGGACAUUGCGAUUCUCUUUCUACCGCUUACGACAAAGCAAGGUUCGAGUUUUACCGUAUACGGAUGCAGCAAGAACUAGAGGAGCAGAUUUCUCAAGAAGAGGCAGCCAUGUAUGGUUCGGUCUACACCCAAUCUGCCAUAGAAUUCGGUCUUGAAAAGGAAGGAAAGGUCAUAGAAACGUGGAAGAGGAGAGUUAUUAAGGAAACUGAAGCUAUGUUGGCAAGACGUGCAAGCCCAUCCGAGUCGUGGAACCCAGAGGAAUUGGAAGGUGAAAACGAAGAAACCGCUGAAGAGAAGGAUGGACAGGAAGUAGAGAAUCUGUUCCUAUAG